UGGGCUAUCGAUCAUAGAACCACCGUUCACCUAUGAAGACUCCGAUCAAUCAAAUGAAUAGACUCUGACUACUUCACACUCUGAAAUAGUUUCUGAUUUUCGAGUUAUCGUACAUCCUCAUUGUUGCUAUUUUAAGACGCGAAAUGCGAAGCUCAAGCGCUGGUACUACAGAUGAUGAUGAAUCCGCCACCAUCUCCGACGAAUACGACGCCACUAUGGAGACGGAUACGGACGUUGUAAGUAAAGAUGGCGCCGUUGAGUCUCUAUCGACUCCCUUCCGUCCAGGAGAGAAGGUCUUGGCUUAUCAUAACCUUCGCAUUUACGAAGCUAAGGUGCUACAAGUUGAUUCCAAGGAAAAGCGUUUUUAUAUCCACUAUCUAGGGUGGAAACAAAAAUGGGAUGAGUGGGUAGGCAUUGAUCGUCUCAUGAUCAUAAACAAUGAGAAUCUUCAAAAACAGAAAGCACUCGAGAAUGAGUUGAAGCCCAAAAAUCCUAAUAUGACAAAGGGCAUGAAGAGGAAGACCAUGUCCAAGGGCACUGUGUCUUAUGAAAAGCUGAUUGAUAUCCAUAUACCAUCAUCACUGAAGAAGCAUUUGGUGAAUUAUAGCGAAUAUAUAACUCAUAUGGGCAAGCUUGUUAAACUCCCAUGCUCUCCAAAUGUUGAUGACAUAUUGACACUGUAUUUGGAGCAUCGAUCAAACAAGGAUGGAAGGGAAUCAGAUACAGCUGGAGAAGUUGUAAGUGGAAUACGUUGCUACUUUGACAAAGCAUUGCCUGCAAUGCUUCUUUACAAAACUGAAAGCCAACAGUAUCAACAAGCAACUGCAAAUCAAAUUUCUCCUUCUAAAAUCUAUGGAGCUGAACAUCUGUUACGUCUUUUUGUUAAAUUGCCAGAGAUACUGUUCCAUGCUAACAUUGAAGAGGAGACAUUGAGAGAACUGCAACACAACUUACAAGACUUUCUCAAGUUCCUUCAGAAGAAACAAAGUUUGUUCUUCCUAUCUAGCUAUGAGACACCAGAUGGUUCUUGCACAAUCGAGUAACAACACUGUUUAUGGAGCAACAAUAUUGUUUGUAAAAUAGAUUUUGGUUCUCUUUUUAGUGCAUUGAAUCAUCUUUUGUUGUAAUGUAAGUGUGUUGCUAUUAUUGUAAGGUAU